AGAGAGGCUGGUGGCAGGAGUGUAGAGGAGUAGCAUAUGGCGCUAAAAGGAGCACAGCUGGAGGUAGCGUUUCCAUCUGAACAUGAUGUCAGAGCAGCUGACAGCGUGCCAUUCCCCACUCUUUUAUUCCAACACGGAGGCAGGGACUCAGUGUGUGCUCGGAUCUGUGUGGGGGAGAAGGCGUACUGUUCCCCUCCACUCUGCAUCUGUCUCUCGCACUUAGGUUUUUUUUUUCCUCCUCCUUUUCCCCUCCACCCUCAUCGGCUCGGCGAAGGAGGUGCAGCCCGGCCCGCUCCUCCGCACCAAGGGCUUAAUCGAGUGGAUGCACACUGCAGGUUAUGAAGACAGCAUGGAGUUCCCUGACCACAGCAGACAUUUGCUCCAGUGUCUGAAGGAGCAGAGACACCAGGGCUUCCUCUGCGACUCCACGGUGCUGGUGGGCGAUGCGCAGUUCCGAGCUCACCGGGCAGUGCUGGCCUCCUGCAGCAUGUACUUCCACCUCUUCUACAAGGACCAGCUGGACAAGCGGGACGUGGUGCACCUGAACAGCGACAUCGUGACGGCGCCGGCCUUCGCCCUGCUGCUGGAGUUCAUGUACGAGGGGAAGCUGCAGUUCAAGGCGCUGCCCGUGGAGGACGUGCUGGCUGCCGCCAGCUACCUGCACAUGUACGACAUCGUCAAGGUGUGCAAGAAGCGGCUGAAGCGGAAAGCCACGGCCGAGGCCGACAGCACCAAGCGGGAGGACGACGCCUUCAGCUGCUCGGACAAAGCCGACAGCCUGUCGGACGGCAGCGCGGGGCACCCGGCGGCGGGGGACCUGCUGCCCAGCGACGACGAGGACCCCGACGGCAAGCGGCACGCGCUGCCAGAGCCGGGCAGCAUGUGGGCGCGGUUGACCUCUGACCCCGCCGGCGCGACCGCCGGCGGGAGCAGCAGCAGCGGCGAGGCCGAGCCCGACAAGCCCUCGCCCGCCGGCAGCCCCUGCAGCUCCGCCGGCUCCCUGUCCCGGCGCUCGGCGGCGUCCCGCGGGGUCUCGGCGGACGCCGACUGCGUGCUGGACCUGUCCGUCAAGUCGGGGCUGGCGGGGACCCCCGGGGAGGCUCUCCCAGGUAACCCCUUCCUGUGCGGGGCGGCGGCUGGGGACGGGCUGCUGCCCGGCGGCCUGGUGCAGGUGAAGGUGGAGCGGGACACCGGCUCGGACGACGACGACCUCAUGGGCGGGGACUACCACGCCGACCACGCCGGCCCCAAGGACAGCGGCGGCGCCGGCGGCGGGGCCAACGGACACUCCGCCCACCGGCGGCUGGCCUACGAGCCGCACCUGCCGGCCCUGCGCGACGCCUCCCUGUCCAGCGAGCUGGACCGCGAGGACAAGGCCAGCGAGGACGACGAGAUGCUGAGCCCCGAGGCGGAGCGGGCGCCGGGCGAGGCGGCGGCGGCGGCAGCGGCGGCGGCAGCGGCGGCCGGGCUGGACGGCUCCCUGCUGCCCUACGUCUCCAACAUGCUGGCGGCGCCGCACAGCCAGAUCUUCAUGUGCCCGCUGUGCAGCAAGGUGUUCCCCAGCCCCCACAUCCUGCAGAUCCACCUCAGCACGCACUUCCGCGAGCAGGAGGGCGCGGCGCGGGCCAAGCCGGCCAGCGACGUCAACGUGCCCACCUGCUCCAUCUGCGGCAAGACCUUCUCCUGCAUGUACACGCUGAAGCGGCACGAGCGGACGCACUCCGGCGAGAAGCCCUACACGUGCACCACCUGCGGCAAGAGCUUCCAGUACUCGCACAACCUGAGCCGGCACGCCGUGGUGCACACCCGCGAGAAGCCGCACGCCUGCAAGUGGUGCGAGCGCCGCUUCACGCAGUCCGGGGACCUCUACCGCCACAUCCGCAAGUUCCACUGCGAGCUGGUCAACUCGCUGUCCGUCAAGAGCGAGGCGCUCGCGCUACCCAACGUCAGGGACUGGGCUCUGGAGGACAGCUCUCAGGAACUCUGGAAAUGAUGAGGAGGAGCAGGGGGAAUUAAAAAAAGCCCCCCUGUGUUAAAGCCGUGAGGGGAGAGGUCUGAAUGGCACUGUCACGCUCAGAGAGGUAAGGGAGGAAGGUGCGGACGAGGCUGUCUCAAUCAGUCAUGUUUCUUGUACUUUUGUCGGAAAAAUCCUUGCUAAAACUGCACUUUAGUAGCACAUGAAAAUGUUACUGCUGAUUUUUUUUUUUUUGUCGUUUCUUUUUGUUGUUGUUUUUUUUUUUACUAUCCUCCAGUCGUUUGAUUAUUAAUUAUGUCCUCAGUGUGACAGGGGAAAAAUACUAAUUUUUUUGUUUGUACAGAAACAUUUACACAAGAGGUCGGAUUUCAUGACCAGUACAAAUAGUCUUUGCAUUUAAGAGCAUUUGCUUCUCCUCGUGAGGUCAUGGUCUGCAGUAUAUUCUGUGCAGGGCUGUCUGCACUCUUCACAUCACUGUAGGUGAGACACACCUACCAGGAAUUUCUUUUGUAUGCUCUUUACACCAGGAGAUGAUUGCGGGUAACACAUAUUAGUCAGAUUAUUUAAGUACACUAAAUGGGUACUGUGAACAUUAACUGCAUACUGGUGCACAUACCCUUGUGCGCGUGUGCGAAUGUUUGUCUGUGUGUGCGUGUGUACAGUGCACUGCUGUAGUUUCAUGUGCUUCUCUCAUCUGAUGUGUGUGUGUGUGUGUGUGUGUGUGUGUGUGUGUGUGAGAUCCUGGGAUGAAAGCCUGAUGUUAAGUCCAAGCUUGUAGGAUUUCAGCUCUUGUCCACGUUUGACUUGCGUUGGGGAACUUGACUGAUUAAAGACAACAAGGCACUCAUGCAAUGUACAGCGUCCUUUUUCAAAUUGACUGAAAACCUUUUUUAUACUUUAAGAUUCGAAAUUUUUUGAAACCCGUAACUGCAGUCAUUUAAGUAAAAAAAUUUAAUUUAAGUAAAAAAAAAUGAUCUUAAGUUGGCUGUGUAGAUUUCUUUACUGAUUAAGGGGAUCUUUAUGGAAACGGAAUCUGUGGUUGCAUGAAUUCCACCUGUACAUUUACAAUGUGAAUUGCUGUAUUGCUGUAAACUGUAAUUGAUCAAAAAAAUGAACAGACUUGGAUAAUACCCAUGGGUUCUGUUUAAAAAGGUAAAUAUUACAGCUAUGGAAAAUGCAUGAAUUUGAUUUGUUUUAGACUUAUUAUUUUUUUGUUGUUUUGCAUUUGGAAGCGUGUGUUUUAAAUUUAGCCCAAUCAUUUGAUUUACUAAGUAAAGUAGGGUUUGUUUUCUUCUCUUUAAUAUGUUGGUAGGAGCUCCUUUAAAAUGUUUCCACGGGGGGCUGUGAAGAAUGUGUGUAAAUGCACUGAUGGGUCUGUGUAAAAUUCUAUCGAUUCGAGCUUGUGUGUGACGGAGGCAGUGGUGGGGAGCGAUGGGGAGGGGGGGGGGGUGUUGCGGACGUUGACACGGCCUUUCGAGGGUCUCUCCAGAUCCGUCACCAGUUCAGCAACAGCAGUCUGUAACGAAAACAACAGAAUUCAGUUCUCUUUUUUCUGUUCGAUAAUUAAUUAUUUCCUGUAUUUAAGAAAAAAAAAGACUCCGCUUUUUCAGUAAUUUAUUUAUUUAUAAUUUAAUUUGGCACUUGCUACGAACUUGAAACGCUGAGACAACGUUUGAGAGAACGUUUUGAGAGGAACCCCUCGCCUGCUCAUGCCUGAUGACUCCUGAAUUUGAUUCCGUACCCUCAAAAUCCGCCUGUUGGCCUGCAGACUGCACAUGGUCAUGUGUCUCAGGCCCACAAACAUACACACUUUGUAAGAUUUAUUGGAUAGAGACAAAAUAUGUGGGAAGCUCUAUUUGGUUAGGUUUAUACAAAAAA